AUGACAUCUGUACCACUGUCGACUCUCAGACCUAUCUUUAAGGGCAUAACCAUGCAUCCAGGGACUUGCCACUGCCACUGCCGCUAUUGUACGGAACGGUUCGCCGGCAUUGAGUUCUUUAGCAACUUACAAGCUAUUCCCAACACUACACUCGAUAUUACGGACAGCCAUCGUACAGUACAAUGCGUACACAAAUCCGGUUUAUUGAGCCUGGAUUCCUGGAAUCUUUGA